UAUGACCAGCCACUGAAACAAUACAGGGAUAGCAAAAUGUGGCCACUUUGUAUUUUCCUCUUCGUGGUAGUGCUGUCACAAAGUAUUAACCGUGAUGCCGUGAAUGAUGCUUUGGUAGAGCAAAGAAUAUUGGAAAAUAUUCGACCAAUAUUGGACGUAUAUGUGUCAGAUAGACUGGAGCGAAACCAAAACGUGAUUGAAAAACUUCAGCAAAGAAUCGGUCAUUUAGAAAAUCGAUAUGAAGAAAGGAUAAACUUGUUGGAAACCUACAAGAGCACAAAAGCUGACGAAGGACCUGUGUUUACCAGAUGGGGUAGAAUCGACUGCCCCGUUAACACAACAACUAUGGUAUAUUCAGGAUAUGCUGGUGGGUCUCAUUUUACCCAUUCUGGAGCUGCAGCUGAAUACGUCUGUAUGCCAAGUGAUCCGAUCUGGGGACCACAUAAAGAUAUUGUUCACAAUGACUGGGUAGGUUUUAUGUAUGGGGCUGAGUACCAGGCCCCUAAUAUCAUGUUUGGGAUGUCUGGUGGCGUACAUGAUGUACCGUGCGCCGUUUGUCUUGGUAAUCAGCGCACAACUUCUCUCAUGAUCCCGGGUAGGACAGAGUGCUACCCCGGUUGGACGGAGGCGUAUCAUGGUGACUUAGCCUCCGGUUACCAUAGCUUCCAAGCAGCGUCACAAUACGUGUGUGUGGAUAAGGACCCACAGACGUUUCCCACGAGAACCCUCCUAGAUGAAAAUGGUAAACUGUUUUACGGGGUCAAAACUAAAUGUGGGUCUUUGCCUUGUCCGCCAUACGAGGAUGGGAAAUUCCUGUCUUGUGUUGUUUGUAUGAAAUGAAUUGUCAAAUAAAUGAGGACACAACAAACUGGUACCCCAUUUGCAAUUGAUUAAUCAUUAUUUUUCGUGUCUAUUAAUACAUACAUACAAAAAAUGCAUCCUAAGGCCUUGUGAUGGUUAAAAAUGAAACAAAUGACAAAAGAGUUUCUUAGUACUUUCAUAGUACUGUCAUCUCUUUAGAGGUUCAUCAGGAAAAGGUUUAUUCAUGUUGACAGGAUAACAGCACAACAAAGAUGGUGUUACAAACAAUAGCUAUAUAAUUACAGACAUGAGUAUAACAACCGACUUUUCGCAAACAUUUUCUUUAUAUAUCUAUGAACUAGUUAAAAAGAAAUUACUAAAGAGGUUUUUUUCAGUAUAAGUACUUUCACCUUUAAAAAUUCAUAUCUAUAAAAAUAAAUAAUCUCAACAACACGUCUGAAGUAUUUUCAUCACUUCAAGGAGAUUUGUCAAACAGUUCA